AUGAAGAUGAAGAUCAAGGGCUGGCCUCCAGGCUUUGUCCUGUACUUCGUCGUGAACCUGUGCCUUCUCGCUGCUCUCCUUGAGGCUGGUCCUGUCAGCAGAAGCCCGACCUCCGUGGUCACAGUUUUGCCCGCUGUCGUGGCCUCCACCGCUUUGUACCCGGUUCCAACCCUGUCUGCGAAGCCAGCGGAUCAACAAGAUAGAUUCAUGGUGACUCCUCGAGAGGCUACUGUGACUAUCCGAGAUAACAACAACGACGAAGUCCAGCCGCACGAUUGGGCCUUGGUCUGUGGCAAGGAUACGGAUCGAAAGCUCACCAUGACCUGUCAGAAAGCACCCCUGAGCUACUACUGCUCGGGCAAAGGCUCUGUGGUCGUGAAAGGCCGAGACGAUGACGUUUGUUCCAGCGCUUGUCGUUGCGUGAACCUCUAUCCGUCUAUGUCCAAUUGUGUGUUGUCAUACAUACUCGCCAAUUGCUACCUUGCUCGGGAUGGUACUGUCUACGACAGCCAAAAGCAGGUCGUUGGUCAUCUUAAUCAGGCAUUCAUUGCACCCAACGGCUCUAUCAUCCUCACUGGAUCGUCCACGGAUUCUGUCCCCCAGCUUGAGGCUGCUGCGGGUUCUGUCGAUGCGAUAGAUCCUGCACCAGCAAUCAUCGAGCGAGAGACAGAUGAGGCAUUACACGAUUGGGCUUUGGUCUGUUACAAUAUGGAACGCACAGCCGCAUGUGCCAAAGCUCCAUACAAAUACACCUGUAACCACAAAGGCAAAUUGAGCUACCACGAGUCACAGAUGUUCUGUGAAAUCGCAUGCGAGUGUCGCGACCUCAAUCCACCUCAACGAUGCAUCCUCAAACUUAAUCUUGUCACCUGCACCAACAAGGACGGUGUCGUCUAUGAUGAUGCUGGCCGGAUGAUUGGCACUGCAGCAGACGCCAAACUGCUUGCCAAUGGUACUUUGGACUUCAGCAGUACAGCCUCGUCGCAAGCAAUCAACGGUGACAGCGAAAUAAAUGACACCCUGUCAGUGGCUGUACCUGCACCAGUCAAGCGUGACUCGGCAGCAGCGGAUCAUUCAUAUGCCCUUGUUUGUGGAAACAAGUCUUGGACCCAGCUUUGCCAAAAGAGCAAAUAUGGAUAUUACUGCAACGGCAAUGGCGCACUCCGCAACAAGGGAAAAGAAGUCUCUUUCUGUGAGGUAUCUUGCGAAUGCAUCGACUUGGAUCCAACCCCCCGAUGCAUCAUCAAUCCAGCUUUCGCCAUUACCUGUCUUGUGAAGGGUCAAGCGGUUUAUGGUGAAGACGGCCAGCUCAUCGGUAAUGUUACGGAAGCUUUCAUUCAUCCCAAUGGCACUAUGGAUUUCACUCCAUUGUCAAUCACCUCCAGAGACAUGGACCGCCCUGACAAAUGGGCUUUACUAUGUCACCAUCAACGUCAUACCGAUACUUGUCACGGCUCAUAUGGCUACUCCUGCAAUGGGCACAACAUAACGUUCAAGACACAGGAUUCUGUCUGUGACAACUUCUGCACUUGUUCAAACCCCAAUGACAUGCAUCAAUGUAUCGAUACCUCUGGAGGUCACACUCGUUGCCACAUUGAUGACGAUGACAAGGUCUAUAAGGUGAAUGGAACGCUGAUGGGACCCCUCCUUGGAAAUCUUGAGAAUGCAAUUGUACAACAAGAUUCCACUAUCGACUUUUCUGCACUGUCCACCCAGAGUCUCUCACUGGAUUCUUCAACAUCAGUGGCGGGCCAAAACGACAGCGGGGACGUCUCAUCCGUCAUCAAGCGUGAAGCAGACGCCGACAUGGAUCAUUGGAUGUUGUACUGCAUCUCAAAGGAGCAUACUAAGACCUGUCGCUCUCCGCCAAUCAGUUAUACAUGCCAUAUGGGACUUGUCGAACACAAGAAUAAUGCAGAUGACUUUGUUUGUGAUCGGAUCUGUACUUGCAUCGAUAACUACCCGUCACAACAAUGCAUUCCCACCAAGAGUUUUGUCGCUGAAUGUCCGGUCAAGGAUAACAUGGUAUUCCAUCCUAAUGGAACAGUCCUGGGUAAGCUCACAGAUGCCUAUGUCCAUGCCAACGGCACUCUAGACUUCUCGAGGCCAGCUAUGGAGCAGGAUCUGUCGCCACGCUUUUUGCUUGAUCAGAUGCACUGUAAUGGAGAUGAUGGACAGCCAAGCGGUUCUCUGACCCAGUACUGUGGCCAGCAUGGGUACUCGUGCGCGCAUGAUCCCAGUAACUUGCUAUCAUAUUUGCAACAUGGCUCUGAAGUCUUGGAUCAAUGUUCGAACGACUGUCACUGUCUCAGACCGUUUGCAGGAGCAGCCAAAGUUGAAUCUCUUUCAGAGGCUACGGCGGAUGGAGAUGCCACCUCAAAGCUUCCAGAAAAUGAGCGACGUCAUCCCGCUGGCAUCAACAAGCGUUCUCGAUCAAUCCUACAGCUCAUGGCUACUGGAGCAAUGACAGAUUCAACCCUUAUUGCCCCACCCAGCGGUAUAUCGAAGAACCAGUCUUCGGAUGUGUACCAGCUCAACUGUGGUAAUCGCGAGGAUGGUCCUGUCUUUUGCUCAAGCAGUAGCCUGGGUUACUUUUGCCUGGCAAAUGCAACUCUGGUUCGAAAUUCUACCGACGAGAAUACAGGCGUGACUUGGUGCGACUACUACUGCAAAUGCAUUUUCCGCCAUCCGGUCCCUUGCGUUAACGAAUGGAACAUUCCUCUCUGCCAGGAAUUCUGGGAUGGCACUGUUCGUGACGCAUCGAAUUACUCGACUGUUCUUGGUGCCAUCGACGACUCCUGGGUAAUGCCGAAUGGCUCUCUCCUGGUCGAUCGCGGUACCCCGUAUGUUUGGCAGAACAACGGCACCAACAGCACGAAUGCCACUGCAGCCGGUGUACCGACCUCGACUGGUGGUUACUGA